AAGAACCAUGAGGUUCAUCCUUCCUGUGGGUUUGAUCGCUACAACCCUUGCAAUUGCUCCUGUCCGUUUUGACAGGGAGAAGGUGUUCCGUGUGAAGCCCCAGGAUGAAAAACAAGCGAACAUCAUAAAGGACUUAGCCAAAACCAAUGAGCUUGACUUCUGGUAUCCAGAUGCCAUUCACUAUGUAGCUGCUAACAUGACGGUGGAUUUCCGAGUUAGUGAGAAGGAAUCCCAAUCCAUCCAGUCUGCCUUGGAUCAAAAUAAAAUGCACUAUGAAAUCCUGAUUCAUGAUCUACAAGAAGAGAUUGAGAAACAAUUUGAUGUUAAAGAUAUCCCAGGCAGGCACAGCUAUGCAAAAUACAAUAACUGGGAAAAGAUUGUGGCUUGGACUGAAAAAAUGGUGGCUAAGUAUCCCGAAAUGGUCUCUCGUAUUAAAAUUGGAUCUACUGUUGAAGAUAAUCCACUAUAUGUUCUCAAGAUUGGGAAAGAGGAUAAAAGAAGAAAGUCUGUUUUUAUGGAUUGUGGCAUUCAUGCACGAGAAUGGGUCUCUCCAGCAUUCUGCCAGUGGUUUGUCUACCAGGCAACCAAAACUUAUGGAAAAAACAGAAUUAUGACCAAACUCUUGGACCGAAUGAAUUUUUAUGUUCUUCCUGUGUUCAAUGUGGAUGGAUAUAUUUGGUCAUGGACAAAGAACCGCAUGUGGAGAAAAAAUCGUUCCAAGAACCGAAACUCCAAAUGCAUUGGCACUGACCUCAACCGGAAUUUUAAUGCUUCAUGGAACUCCUUUCCUGACACCAAUAACCCAUGUAAGGAGACGUACAGGGGCCCUGCACCAGAGUCUGAGAAAGAGACAAAAGCUGUCACUGACUUCAUUAGAAGCCACCUGAAAUCAAUCAAGGUUUACAUCACUUUCCAUUCCUACUCCCAGAUGCUAUUGUUUCCCUAUGGAUAUACAUCAAAACUGCCACCCAAUCACAAGGACUUGGCCAAAGUUGCAAAGAUUACCACUGAUGUUCUAUCAACUCAAUAUGAAACCCACUACAUCUAUGGCCCAAUACAAUCAACAAUUUACCCAAUAUCAGGUUCUUCUGUAGACUGGGCUUACGACCUGGGCAUCAAAUACACAUUUGCCUUUGAGCUCCGAGAUAAAGGCAAAUUUGGUUUUCUCCUUCCAGAAUCUCAGAUAAAACCAACCUGUAAAGAGACUAUGCUAGCUGUCAAAUUUAUUGCUAAGUAUGUCCUUAAGCAUACUUCCUAGAGUGUUGCCCUCUGUUUGGAAUAAGCCAAUUAAUCCUUUUGUGUGUGUGCCUUUUACUGGAAAAUCAAUCUUUAAUUAUCCCUAGAUGCAGUUUCCACAUCACCUGAGUAGAUCCUUCUCUUGCUCACUUAAGUCCCAUGUUAUUGCUCUUUGCUCUUAUUUACUCUCAGCAGCACCUUAACAAAGUAACUUUAACUACUUUUGUUUGCUCCAAGGGAAGAUUUAACCCAGUAGAAAGCACUAUUUGGAGUAUUCUGCAAGGUGAUAUACAGUGGGACACAAGAAAGAAAUGAAAACCUCAGUUUCUCCAGAAUCAGAUUUUUACAUGUGGCUUCAUCAUUUCAUGUGCUAAUAUAAUAAAAAAUAAAAUGCA